UUCUCGCUCACCCCUCCUACCUUCUACAACAGUGCACUGGUCCAUUUGACACUGACAACUUUUUUCCUCUUUUGUAAGGUUCCAAACAUUUAACGUGGAUUGCUGAAAAGAGAAAGCGUGAGCUGUUGACGUUUUCUUUAAGGGAAGCGCUUGAAAGUUACAGAUAGAGAGGCCACUGUUGUAGAAGGUGUACUUAUCUAGAAUGUAAUGGCCUCUCGCGAAGUGAGACAUUUUUGUCCGUUGGUAGAGGACAGCUUCUGUCGGUUUUCUUCACAAAGUAAUGUUUACAGUCUAUCAGCCUUCCCAACCAUCUCUGGCAGUAAGGAUUUGUUGGCAGCCACUCUGAAAGGCAAAGUCAUACAUUUCCGCUAUCAGCAGCUACCACAAAAGGUUCGAGCGGUGGCAAAAGAAGUGCAAUUCACUUAUAUCCCAGAAAGUUGUCUUAAUUUAGAACUGCAAUUCACACCAUUCCAGCUGUAUCAUGCUGAGGUGCAGGAGGAUGGAAAGUAUGAGGUGGUAUUCUUGCUAACUGGCAAUGACCAUUGUGUUCAUAUGUACAAAGAGAAUGAAUUAUUGCAUCAGUUUGAAGAGCAGCCUGUGAGCAACCUUUUCCCAGAGCUCAAAGAGAUGCAAAGCAAUGUUCUUUCUCUAAAUGUGCUCAACAUUCCAAACUCCUGCCGGCGUCUGACUGCAUUUGGCUGCCAGAGUGGAUAUGUGGGAAUAUGUCAUGUUGAUCAGUACAGCAAAACUGUCUUACAUGAAUGGAACAUGCAGCAGGAUGGCCCCAUUUCCAAAGUUGUCUUAUUUAGCCUAACAAACUUCAUUGAGAAGAAAGGUUAUGAUGGUCUUCAACAAGCUCCCAGCAACGUACCAGGUGGAGAAUCCGUGGAAGAACACAAUCUUUUAGUAACCAGCACCAUUGAGUUAUCUGUUGUUUAUCGGAAUGUGCUAAAGGAUGGUCUGAACGAACAAUUGAUUCUUCCAGAAAGUGAUCAGUAUGACAGUGUACUUUGCGCUCUGGUAGUAGAUGUGGACUUUGAUGGAGUCAAGGAGAUUCUUCUGGGAACAUAUGGCCAGGAGUUGUUGUGCUACAAGUACAUUAGAAAUGGAAGUGCUGACCCAGAUACAAUAAGCUGUGAUCCGGCAGUUCAAGCAGCUGGAGAAUUCUGCUUGUUGUGGAAGAGGAGCUUUUUGAGCCCACUGCUGUCCAUGGUAUAUGUUGAUCUUACCUACGAUGGACUCUCUGAGUUAGCAGUUAGUUCCUUAAAAGGACUUCAUAUUCUGCAGCACAGUCUGAACCAGACCACAGCGCUUGUACUGGACAGACUACGCAGGAAAGUGACUGAGCUAGAAAACAGAAGCAAUGCUUCUAAAACUGAUGAAAGUCAUCAAGACCAUUGCACAGAAGGAAAUCGAGCACAAAAUAGCACUUUUUAAAAAAAUAUAUCUAUUAUUUAGGUAUACUUAAAAAAUAAAAUACUUAAAAGCA